UCACAGGUUAACGCGUAACCAUUUAACUUGAUCUCAAUUGAGCAUCCAUGCGAAAAUUAAUAUAGUCAACAUGACUACAGAUACACCGUUCAAAGAACGACUUCAUAUCAAUAAUUGGUGGAUCAAAGUGUUUCUAUCAGAACUUGUGGGAACCUUUACAUUGGUGUUCAUUACAGAUGGCGCUAUAGCAAGGACCGUCCUGAGCGGUGGAAAAGCGGGUGGUGCUCUGUCAGCUAACAUCGGUUCUGCUCUUGCUGUUACUGUGUCCAUUUAUAUUACCGGAGGAGUUUCAGGUGGUCACAUUAAUCCUGCGGUAACCCUAUCGAUGUGUAGCCUUGGUCGGCUAAGAUGGCUAGCUCUACCGGUCUACUGGAUAGCUCAGUUUAUAGGUGCUUUCCUUGGGGCUGCCCUAGUUUAUGGGAUCUACGUAGAUGGUAUAAACCACAUUGAGGGCGGACAUGCUAAUCGUUCUCUUGCCACCGCGGGAAUCUUUGCAACAUACCCCGAACCAUUUGUAACAAUACAAGCAGGAGUUGCAGACCAGCUUGUGGGUACAGCUCUUCUGGUCGGUGGUAUAUUCGCAAUCUUUGAUAAGCAAAACAUCAAGCCAGCCUUCGGUCUUGAACCGAUAGCGGUUGGUUUGCUUCUUCUUGUUGUCAAUAUAUCCUACGGCUACAAUGCAGGUGCAGCAGUCAACCCUGCAAGAGAUUUUAGCCCGAGACUCUUCACCGCUGUUGUCGGCUACGGAGACGACAUUUGGUUGACAGCAUCUGGCGACGAAUUUUGGUGGAUACCGCUAUUUAUUCCCUUCAUCGGUGGCCCUAUUGGAGCAUGGUUGUACUAUAUAACAAUAGAAGUUCACCAUAGACCAGCAGAGAAAGAAAAUGAGUCCUUGCCACUUUUCCAAGCACACCAAACCACGAUUGAAUAGAAAUUGUCUCUAUGAUGAUAACAAUCCAUAGAUGAUUCGACAAAAUGUAUGAAAUUGUCGUAAAAAUUAUUCCUUUUCGUAAAUUUUGAUGGGGGGGGGGGGACAUCAGGGUUAGGUCAGGGUCAGCCAAGGAAAUCUCCAUUUCCAUUGGAGUGUCGUGGUGUAGUGAUUCUGACUCUGACCCUAGUAGUGUGUCGCAUUUACACUUUGUCCAAAGCCGAAGUGGUGCUCUUUCAACACCUCCCUGGUUUUUUCCAACAUACAUGUAGAUACCGAGCUCGUGUUAAAUUAACACCUGCAUUUAUGCAGUGUAUGCAUGGCAACUGACCUUGUCCAUGAAUGAUCCCCAAGGGUUGAACGAAGUGUGUCUACGCUGAAUCUGAGCCAAAGAAUUUGAUAUUUGAAGAUAGAAACACCGGUAAAGAAGCAGUGUUCCAAUGUAUGCCCAUAAAAGGCUUAAGGAAAUAUCUACAAUGAUUAUUUCUCAAUGUUGUUUCAAAUAACAUUAACUGCGGGACAAUUAGAGCGAUUACAGACACUCCCCUUCUUUGCAGUAUAGUUUAUUCAUAUAAGCGAAUUACUUUCAGUUGAUAUGCAUUGAUAGUUCCACAACGAUCGAGGCGAAUGGAAUAAUUGAAGAAAAUAAAAUAUGCCGAUAGAGACAGGUGCCAGUAAAAUGACAGGGGCCGCGGAAACGGGGGAGAGGGGGGGGGGGGGGAGCGGAUGGGCUUCAGCCGCCCUCUACUUUUUCUCCAAAACGUGCACAAAAAUGUAAAAAUUACCAUCUAAUUGUGACGUUUUACAUGGCUGGCAUGUUAACAAAUUAUUUCAUUCAAUGAUUUUAUUCAAACCGUUUGGGGCUGAUUAAAAUAGAUUUUUUUUUGCAUAUACCCCCUAUGUUGUAUAUUUAUCAUGCAAGUAAUAUGCUCAGUUAAUCGUAAGAGGCGUUCAAGAAUUGCACAUUCGGAGAAAGUAAUUUAAAAAUCGUUAUAACUAGUACUUGCCUUACUUGUUUAAUCUGGAUAAACUACAUGUAUUAUACCUAAAUGUGCAUUGGUAAAAUCUAUAUGGAAUAUAUUCAUAUCAUAAUUUAUUUCCUCAGAUUCAAAAUGUAAAGAAUUAAUCCAUGUUACAUGUAUGCUUUGAUGUUUUGUGUGAAUACUUGGGCUAGUUAUAAAAUCGUUUAGGAAAGGCUACUUCAAAUGGGCUAAUUAGUUAUUCAUGUGCUAAUAAUAUAUCGGGCCCUAUUGGAACAAUUUUCUAUUAGAUUUUGAAUGGUGGCUGUAUUUCAUGAUGCAAUUCGGAGAUAUGACGAAACAAAAUUCCGAUGAAAUAAAACAAUACUUUGACAACAUCAUUCGAUACUCUAUAAGGUGAGCCAUCGACGUCAUAACGCCUAGGUCCUGUUUGCAUGAUCUGCCUGUGAUCAUCAUGAUAGGAAACUCGAGAACUUGCUUGAAAGUGACUCACUGGUUCCGUAGUGUAAAAAGGCGUUGGUUGCCUAAGCUAUAUGACGUUAAGUUUGCAUCAUUCAAAGCCUCUUCCGAGAUUCGCACUGCAUCAUGUUGAUGCCCUUUGUUAAGCUAGGUACAAACAGGCUUAUAAUUUCAGAAUAAUGUGUGCUGCGGAUGCAUGGAAGAUAAUCUUCCCCUGUAUCUGAAGGAGAUCAUAACGAUAAUGUUAGAAAUUUGCAUCUCCAUCAUCAAGAACUUCCCCAAACAUGACUUUGCUUUAAUUUUCAAACAUAAUGGAAGCAGAUUCAGCCUAAAAUUUUGAAAAAUCUAGUGAAAAACAAUACAACAAACCAUCCUAUAUCAUUUAAAGUUCCUCCAAUUGCCUUAUUUUCAAACUUUCAAGACCAUUUGCAAACUUCUCUAUAUGCCACAUUGUAGUAGGAUUCUUGUGCGAUCUAUAUUUGUAACCUGUAUGCGCCCAUGCGUAAUUUAACACAAAACCUUUUUUUUUAAAUAAAAUAAUUAUAUGGACAAAAAUAAAUACCAACUAAAUUGGGCGUAUUUCUCUCAUCCUCUCAUAAAUAUAAACUCAAAAUAUAUGGAGCUCAAGGGGAAGAUUAUAGAUAUCUGAUUUGCUUAUACUUAGAUUUGACAAAUGAAACUGGUACCACUGGAGAACAUUAUUACUCCUCUUUUGCAACUAAUCAUGAUCCACCACUAGAUUAUAUCAUGGAAUGUGUAGUUACCCUGAAUAUUGGGCAGAGAGUAGGUCAAAUGUUUGUACAUACACCAUGUUUCUAACCAAAAUUCCCAUCUCGUUUGAAUAUGCAAUUUGGUUUGAAUUUUGCCCCGGUGAUUAAGUGUUUGCCCAAUAUGAUAAUCUUUUUUAACAUUUAAAACUGUCAGGGGAACCAUUAUGUAAUACACUAAGUGUGGAGGUUCACGCAUCGGCGCAUUAACACCCUGUAAAAUCGGAUUGGGAUUUUACUAUGGCAAAAUAUAUAUUUUAAAAAAAUCUAAUAUUGCAACAUGACAUUUGUUAGAUUGCUUCAUAUUGAAAGGCUGUACAUUCCACAAUUGAAUUAGCAUAACAAAUGACACUUAAGUGCAAAGAUAAAAUAUUUACACAAUCAAAUGAUACUAUAAUGGUGAUGGUGAUGGUAGCUCGAGCUAAAGCCGGGGUAAUAAUAGCAGCGCUUUGUAUCCUCUGGCAAAAAGCGCUUUAUAAAUCCAACUAUUAUUAUUAUUAUUAUUAUAAUUAUUUGCAUAUCGUAAUAAAGUUGUAAGAAGUUUAUUACCACUUGAAUUUCAGUUUUAGAUAGCUUUGAGAGUGUAGAUCCAUCAUCCAUCUAGCACUAGUUCCUCUGUACAGUGUAGGUGCUUAUGUGCGUGUGUGUGAGGGGUGCGUUGGGUGUGUUUGUGUUGAUGUGGGUGUGAUGGUGUGCACAGGUGGGUGCGUGUGCGUGUUUGUGUGUAAGUGUUAGGGGUAUCAAAUGCUGAUGAGGUUUGAAUAUAGUAGAACGGGGUUUCUUGUUUUGUUAUCCAUUUGUGCCAUGGCAUUUAACACUUCCUAGGAGUAAUCUGUUUUCAUCUCUCAAGUGUCCCAUUCGAUUUGCUUUUAUCGAGACCUAGUUUACCGCGAAAGCAGGAUGAGAAGCUAUUUUUGUAUGAGCCAAGAACAUAGGUUCCUAUGUUUUUUUUAUUAAAACAAAAUGUAUCCGGCAUUAUUUCACCUUAUCUGUAAGAACAUCAGGCUUUCAAUGAGCUUUCAAAUUAACAUCACAUUUACGAUGGAAC